UAGCCCUCUUUGCCACUCAAUUUAUACCUUCCUGAAACCCUAGAACCCAACCUCACAACCCCAAAAAUGGCGUCACAACAUAUCGAAAUCGAAUCUCACCGUCAAAACGCUCAAGUUUACACCGGCGAAGCGAUCUGCAAGGAGAAAACGCAGGAGGUCCUCGCGAAAUUCUCCCUUCCAAAAGGCCUGAUUCCGAUGAACGAUGUUACGGAGGUCGGUCACAACGCUUCCACAGGAUUCGUUUGGGUUCGCCGGAAAAAGAAGACGAACCACCUCUUCCGUGCGAUUGGCCGGAAAGUGUCGUACGAUAGCGAAGUGACGGCGGUGAUUGAGGACCGUCGGAUGCGGAAUUUAACAGGUGUUAAGAGCAAAGAGCUUCUGAUUUGGGUGACGAUUUCCGAUAUCUGUAUCAAUGAUUCCGGGAAGAUAACGUUUGGAACUCCGGCGGGGUUGUCUCGUACUUUUCCGGCGUCUGCGUUUGAAGAAGAGGCGUGAGAAGGAAAAGUGGUGGUGGUGGUGGUGAUUAUGUAAUUGUUAUCGUCUUUUAUUCGAUUAUUCUUCAAUA